UUGAAGACUACCAACCUCUGUACAGCAUUUUAAUCAUACUGCACUUAACCUGCUGAUGCAUCUCAGAGUUUUAAAUAUAGCUGGGAUAUGAAAAGAAUAUUUAUGCUAAGCCAAGUCUAACAAGAGACUGCCUGCUGGUUGAAGAAAUCAAAAGCAUGAUGAACUAACUUCUCGUGUACAUAAAGUGCUUACGUGUUAACACUAUCAUCAAUAACAAGGUUUGUCUGGUAAACCCAAGCUGGCGUGUUUAAUGAAUAUCUCUAUCUAGCUCUUACAUAGUGAAGUUCUUGUAAAUAAACCACGUUUAUUGUUGGUGUACUUAUUCAAGCAUCUGAUGACUGUAUAUGGGACUCUAGCUGCCUCUCAUUAAAGUGCAUCAACUAGAUGUUCAAGGUUAAUGGUGGUUAAAAAGUCGAAUAGAUUCUGAGUUCAUAAUACUUUCUUCUUGUUUCCUUAUGUGUAAAGUAAGAAGUAGAGCUGGAUUAAUUGUUAAGUGAUUGCUUGUAAUAAGUGCAAAGGUAUAGGCAUAGGCCAUGCACCUUCUACUUCUGGUUGACUUUUACAUGUGGGUUUCAUCAAGCUCCCAGUAUUUGACACAAAUCCCCACUUCUUACAUUUUGUGUUCUAAAUAUAGAAGUUCGUAGAGUUAUAGAAAGCUUUCCUGUAUCAUGUGCUACCCAUCAGCCAAGUAGUAUGCACAAAGUCACCUCCUGUCCUGGAAAUAUUGCAAUUCCAGCUCCUUACGUAACACUUGCUCUUUUUUGGCAUCUCAAAAUCUGUACAACACUGAAAUCUUUGGUGGAAUCUGGAUCCCAAUUCCGGACCCAACUCUUCAUUUUCUUCCACAAUUUCACCCUCUACUUCAAUUCAAGUGUCAGCCAUGAAUAAGCCAGCUUUAGAUGCAGAAAACACCGGUUUCAACACCAAUCGGAAUUCUCCUCGCAAAUCCAGCCAGCCGUGUUCUCCGUCUUCCCCUAAACUCUCAAUCUACCUCCUUGCAGUUUUCGUCAUACUCUUCGUUCUCUUCCAAAUCCAAUCUCUGCAAACCCCGCCUACUUCUCCAUGGGCUUUCAUGCACCAGUGGGAGAAAAUCGUCACCAACUCGUGCCUGUCGAGUUUCCACGACAGCUCACAAGAGCUGAAAGCCAUGGCAUCCAAACUACGAGAGUCCGUCACUUUUCUUCCCCUAAAGGAUCUCCGUUUUUCCCAGGCUGCCAUGAGAGGCCACACAUGGUUCAUGAGCUCCUUGUAUGACAUGCAUGAAGAAGGUGAAGUCCAAUACCAGCAAUUCCCUACGGAUCACUCAAGCGGUAGAGUUUUAUGCCUCAAGGGUCGGGACAGACACGAUGGUUCUUGGAACUCGUACGCCCUUGCGUGGCCUGGGGCUUUGCCGGACAAUGCCACCCUCAUGAAAGGCCUCACCUUCGUGUCGUAUAAUCACUAUGAUUACCAUAAUAUAUGGCACGGUUUGUCGGCCAUGAUGCCAUUUGUGGCUUGGCACAUCAAGAGCCAAUGUGCAGUGCCUAAAAGGUGGAUUUUGUACCAUUGGGGUGAAAUAAGGACUAGUAUGGCUCCGUGGGUGGGAACCUUGUUGGAAGCCACAUUCGGUGCACCAGUUGACAUCGAGACCUUUGAUGGGAUUCAUCAUAAUGAGUCGGAUGGUGGUGGUGAUUAUGAUGAUGCAACUUGCUUUGAGGAGGCUGUGGUGAUGAGGCACAAUGAAGGUGGGAUGUCGAGAGAGAAGAGAAUGGAAGUGUAUGAUCUGAUGAGAUGCCGGUCCAGGAUGUAUUGUAACGUGAGCUCGGAGGGGAGGCAAGAGAAGGGGUUGCGGAUCGGGAUGACAAUGUUGAUGAGGAACGGGCCAAGGUCGUUUAAGAAUGCAUCAGCAGUGAUUAGUAUCUUUGAGAAGGAGUGCCGGAAAGUCGAGGGCUGCCGGUUGAUGGUGGCUUAUCCUCAUAACCUCACCUUUUGUGAACAGGUGGAGCUGAUGAGCUAUACAGACAUAGUGAUAUCUGCGCAUGGGGCUCAACUGUCCAACAUGAUCCUCAUGGACAGAAACAGCAGCGUGAUGGAACUGUUCCCGAAAGGGUGGCUUGAACUCGCCGGGGUCGGCCAAUACGUCCACCACUGGCUGGCCAGCUGGUCCGGGAUGAGACAUGAGGGUGCAUGGAGGGACCCCAUCGGCGAUCACUGCCCGUUUCCAGAGGAUGACCGCCGAUGCAUGUCCGUCUUCAAGAAUGGCAGGAUCGGACACAAUGAGAGCUAUUUUUCAGAGUGGGCGAGGAAUGUUCUCAAUGAUCAGGUGAAGUUGAAGAUGGCGCAGAAUGUCUCAAUUAGUCCUGUUUCUGGGCUCUGUGGUUGCAAAUGAUUGAUUCUUGGUAUAUAGUUUGGCGGAGAGUUCUGGUCUGGAUCUGGACUUGGGCGAAGUUGAACUAAUUACAUAAUUAUAUUCAUUGUAUGAUUAUAUUAGUCGAAAGGAAGAAUUUUCUUACAUCUCACGAAAUAAAUUAUUUAAUGAGCGGAUUAAAUGGAAUUUACAAGGGGAGUCAUGAGUGGUAUUCUUGUUGUUAAUGUUAUAUUUGGAUGUAAAGAUUUGAA